AUGGAUGGGCAGCAAGAAAGCGAGGAUCUAGCCGUGGAAAUCCUCAAGAAAAUUAUCGAUACUCUCCCGGCUGAUGUGUACGCAAUCAAAGCCUCUCCAGAAGGGAGUUUGAUUUCCAUGUCCAACGACCCCGAAGAUGACGAAACUUUUUGCGUAUAUUAUCCGCCUCUAGAGGAGGUCCAACGGCCUGAGGGUAUCAGGACAAUCAUUCGCUCUGAGCUCAAGGAAAUUGAUCGGCUCGGUCCCGACACUGAUCUUUUCAUUCAAAGGAUUUGGAAUGAACUGAAUCUGUGGAUGCGUCUUCCUCGGCACCCAAUUAUUGUUCCUUUCGAUCGGCUGGUGGUGGAUGAACUGAAGGGCCGCGUUGUUGGGUUCACAAGUGUAUUUAUUCCUGGCGGAACACUUGAGGAUGACCAAUCCCGCGUGUUCAAACUCAAAUGGUUCCAGCAGUUGACUAAUGUCGUGGACGUUCUCAACCUGAAGCACGGCAUCAUGCAUCAAGAUAUUGCUGCAAGGAAUCUAUUAGUCGAUCCGUCGACAGAUAGCUUGCAGCUGUUUGACUUCAACUUCUCGGGCCGCAUCGGAGGUCCCUCUUAUAUCGAAAAUCGGAACGAUGUCAAUGAUGUUAUCUUCACCCUGUACGAGAUCAUUACUCGCGAUGACCAUUUCAGGCAUGUGCCCCACGAGGAACAGAACCCGGAUGAUGUUCAAGGGCUGUCCACAUGGCCCAAGCAUCCAGAGGUACAGCUCGACCAUCCGGUGUCGGAAUAUCGAUCAUAUCUCAAUCGCUGGGUGAAAAGGAGGCGGGAAGAGAAAGGUAUCUCUGUUUAUACGGAAGCGCCAGAGCCAAUAGACUGGCCUCCGCUCCAAACUCCGAGAAGAGAGUACACCGCCGUUGAUAAGGAAGGAAAUGAAACUGUCCAGCUGAAAACGGAUUGGAGCAGAUUACGCCGCAACGAGAGAAAGGAAGGCAACAUCACGCUGGAAUGGCAACGCCCACCGCGGAACAAAGUUUUGCAAGAUGAUAGGAGUUAA